CAUUUUACCCGCCGCUCCGGUAACCAUGGCGAUCAGUCCGGCUCAGGUUUUCGCGACGCUGCUGUCGGAUACAGAGAAUGGCAAACGCUGUUGGCCUGAGCGCCGCGGCUCCAAGUCGCCCGUGCCUUCCCCUUCCCCUUCGGCCGAACGGGAGGUGCAGGUCAGCGCCACAGCCGAGGUGUCGGCGCCUCCGAACCGGGCCCGAGUCUGCGUGCUGGUGGCCAGCCGGAAGGAGGCGGCAGCGGCGGCCAAGAGCAGCGUCAGUCGGCGGCUCGAAUACAUCGUGCAGAGCGUCCGGGCACACGGUGUGAGGGAGGAUUGUAUUACAGUGACUAAGGAUUUUCGGCGAAUUGAAAAUGCCUAUCAGAUGGAAGCAGAGGUAUCUGUUAUAUUCAAUGACUUCAGCAAGAUGGAGAAUUGCUGUAACUUAUUGGUGGAGAAACUAGAUAGUUCUGUUGUUGUUGGUUCACCUCAGUUUUAUCAUACAACUGAAGCUGUGGAAAGUAUCAGACGGCAGGCGUGUCUUCGAGCAGUUGCUAAUUCUCGACGUAAAGCAUUUGAAGUAUGCCGACUACUUGGCCAGACACUCGGCAGACCUUUGAUUGUUCGAGAAGAAGAAAUUAAAGAAACUGAAGGGUUAACCUCUGAAGCACAAGCACCAGACAAUACAAGGCCAUUGACUAUACAGCAGCAAAUUAGCAAUGCAUCUGUGACUGUUUGUUCUAAAGUCUUUGUGACUUUUGAACUUAAAUCAAAAGAUAAUCUCAAAAGAAAUAAUUGAGUAUGACCCUUUUUGAAUUUAUAAAUUAAAGCUUUUAAAUCGGGAAACUGGCUGAUUUUUUGGAAAAGGGGAAAGAAUGUUUCAAACGUGUACUAAUGCAGAAUUUGGAAGCAAACUGGAAAUGCAAAUUCUGUAUUAGCUAAUUCUUGAUGGUGCUAAUUUUUAACUUGUUUCUUAGUGUGGUUACAAUGGAUCCAUCAGUCUUGUGCAUAAUAGAAUCUGUUAUUUCUACUUAUUCAGCUCAUCACCAGUAACCAAAACUCCAUGGAACAUCUGUCAACUUAUGGCAAAAGAUGGCUAGGAACAAAAAGUUAUUGACAGGUUUUUUUUCAUAGAUGCAGCUACGAGGCAUAUAAUUUUUUGUGCAACAGUCAGCAUCAUCAAAUCUUUUUUAGUCAUUUCUCUGUCAUAUAAUCUUUUAAUCUUCAUUGCUGUGCUGAUACAAAAUGAAGAAGGAAACUAUUGUUAAUGCAGCACAUCUGUUUCAUGUUGUUGAGCUUGCUGUUGCUACACAUCCAAAGUAAUGCAGGAUGUAACUCUCUUAGUCAACUGCAGCAGUAUUAUGCCUGUCAGUGAACACAGUAGAAUUUGCAAGAGAUUGGCAGCCAGGUCGAUUGGAACCAAUGGUCGAAUUUUAUUUUUUAAAUUAAUUCUGCCAUCUGAGAACCUCCUACCAACUGAGCCUAAUAUCCUUUGGAAGUUGGUUUACCUCAACUCGCUGGCUGUUUUGGCCUCCAGAUAUGUUAAACUCCUCAAGAGAAACCAUGAGCUCUUAGUUUAAGGAGACCUAGGCCCCACUUCCACAGUUGCCAUUAAGUGGGUGAGGGAUGGAUUGAAAUUUUGCCACUUCGAGGCCAGAAUCUUAGUUUAUGAUGGGCCUAUCAUACCCACGUCCUGAAUUAUAUUCAAGUCCUUUCACUGGCAUUUUUUCAGAGUUAACAGCAGGAACCUGGCAAUGUAAUUGAGAAAACCCGACUCCUCUUCCCCACUUCCCGAAACAUUCCUAGGAAAGGAGUGCAGUUUCUAACAGUUACUGUAAUAUUCAGAUUCUAGUGUGUUAAAAUAACACAUUUCUUUGACUCAAUGUUGUGAACCAAUACAUGUUAGUGACGUGACAAGAGUAUUUUUACAGUCAGAAUGGGAAAGUUAGAAGAUUUAUUAAAACAAUUUUAUUUUGUAAAAAAAAAAGCUACUUUUUCUUCAAAGAUGUAGAUCUUUUACUACCAUGCAAAUGUAAAUAUUUGUUUUAAAUAAAAACAGAGUACUAGAGAACCUCAGCAGGUCUGGCAGCAUCUGUGGAGAGAGAAAUAACAUUAAUAUUUUGAGACCCUAGGAACUUUCUUUUUCCACAGAUAUUGUCAGACCUGCUGAGUUUCUUGAGCACUUUUUUUAAAUUUCAGAUUCCCAGCUUCUGCAGUAUUUUGCUAUUAUUUCAUAUAUAUUUAGUUCCAUCCAUUUGUUGUAACUUACUACAAUACCUCAGCUACCAUUAUUUAUACGUGGACACCUACUUUGUACUAAAUACUUGGUUAUUAAAAACCUCAGUGACUUGCAUACUUCUGUUUUCACAAGCUCAUUUACCUUAACCAUCCAGACAAUCUUCAAGCAUGUACGCAGACCUUGACUGAUAAGUGGAUAAUCAGCCUUACCACAACUUAAGGGUUGGAGUACAGAAACCAAAGCUUCUUCCUGUUGUUAUUCAACUUUUAUACAUUAUGUGGAUCUUUGCAUUGGGAUCAACAAAUACUCAGCAAGACUGAUUCAUUUUCCCAUUCUGUAGUCAUUAAUGCCAAUUGUUGCUUCAGAUUAGAUAAACUAAAGAAUCAGUUUUCAAUGGUUGGAACACCAACACUGCUUUGAUGAGGCACGAGUUCACCAUGAAACUUUAAUUGUAGCAAUUUUCCAAGGUUAUUUUCCCCAUAAUGUAUGGACUGUGCAGCCUCUGGCAGAGACACUAGAGAAAAUUAAAAGAUUUUUCUUCCAAUUGUUUGAACAUUCCUUGUAAAAAUGUGCUGCAGGCUUUACAAUUGAUCCGCUGUUUCUGCUCCAUUAUGCACAGUAAAACAAGAGAAACACCUUUUGGUCUCCCAUGCACUCAGCACUAGUAUGGAUAAAUAUGUGAGAUGAUUUCACUUGCAAAAUACUACAGUACAUUUGCUCCCAACUGCAAGUGGCUGUUAGGUAGACCUACAUAUGUCACUUUUGUCAGUGUCUCUUGAAGAAUCCCCUGCUGAUAUUACAACUGGGAGCUCAUGUAAUUCAAACUGGAAAAUCUAGCUCAGGAGUCUCACAUAGGACCUGAUCUGUAUAAUAAUGUGUAACACCAGAUGGUUGCAUUAUCAACUGGGCUAAUAGUGGAAAUUCAGAAAAGCAUUUUCUAAAAUCCAGCCUUUGGUGUUGCUCAU